UGUUGAGUUGCUGAACCCAUUUUCUCUGUAUCCAGGCGAGGGAGAACAGUGAAGGCAAAAUUCAGUAUCAGUAAUGGUCUGAUCAAUCAAGAGGCAGGAGGUGGUGUGGAGAUGGCGGAAUUAGUCGUGGCUGCCAACCUGGCUGGCAGUGUGGCCAGCAGGAAUGCCCCUAAGCUCUGGGAUUACUUGGUACAAAAUCGCAAGCUGCGGGCAGAGCUGAAGCAUGACAUCAGUUACAUCAGAAGCGAGUCCUUGAUGAUUUCUGCUGCCAUUCAACAAGAUGGUGAUCGUCCACCGUGGAGCAGCAACCCCGUGCAUAAGGUCUGGAUCACUAUGGUGCGUGACUUGGCGUAUGAUAUCGAAGACUGCAUCGACCGCUUCACGCACCGCGUGACACUCAAGCCUGAUGUGUCAUGGAUCGUUAAGAAAUUUCACCGGAUGAAGACGAGGAGUGCCCGUAACAAGUUUGCUGCAGCAAUCCGUCGUCUCAGGAAGAAAUCCGAGGACGCAUCCAAGCUGAGAACAAGCUACAGCACCAGUGAGUAUGGCGGCGGAUCCAGCACCCUGGAGUCAGAGACACCAUCUGAUGACACGGACACCUCGGUGGCCGCCGUGGGUAUGGAUGUGCCCCACGACGAGCUCAUGGAGCUGAUAAGGGAAACGCCGCAAGGCCAACAACCCAUGGAGCUCAAGGUGAUCUCCCUUGUUGGGUUCGGUGGCAUAGGGAAGACUCUCCUCACCAAGCAUGUGUACAACACAACUGAGAGCGAAUACAAAGCACGGGCUUGGGUUUGUGCUGCAGAGAAAGGCUCAAGAGAUGUUCUCAAGGAGAUACUCUGGCAACUUGGAAUGCAUUCCACCAUUAGUAGUAGUAGUGGAAGUGCAGGCAACCCCUGCCGUCUCAGCAAUAACAUGCUCUGUGCAAGCCUAAGAGAGUGCCUUGGGACCAAGAGGUUUUUAAUUGUAAUUGAUGACAUGCGGAGAGACUUUUGGGUUGAUAUAAAAGAUGCUUUCCCUGUGGUUCCCGGGGUCAACAGUAGAGUUAUUGUCACAACAGCCACUCAGACCAUAGCAAUCAAAAGCAGCUGUCGUGAUGGUCAUGUGUACAUAAUGAGAACUCUUGCUGAGCAACACUCGAAACAAUUGUUCUUUGAGAAAGCUUCCUUGGUGUAUCCACCAACAGUCCGUGAUACGGAGCUAAGUUCAGAAGUAAUAAGGAAAUGUGAUGGUCUGCCCCUUGCUCUUAUUACCACAGCACGGUUGUUGCACGGUGAUCACAGACGGCGACAAUGGGCAGAUCUGGGAAAUAACCUUGGCAGCCAUCUGGAGACACAUCAUAUGUUAGCAAAUAUGAAGCGUGUGCUCGUCCGUAGCUACACCAACCUAAGCAAGCAAGAUAUCAAGAUCUGCUUGCUUUAUCUUGGUAUUUACCCAAGUGGUCGCCCAAUCAGGAGAGGAAGCCUGAUAAGGCGAUGGUCAGCCGAAGGUUUCAUCACAGCAGAGCCUAAACGCAGUGCCCUUGAGGUUGCUGUUGCCAGUUUCAAUGAGCUGGUCGACAAGAGCAUCAUCCAGCCUAUUGAUGCCAGCGGCAACGGCAGUGCAGAGGUGAAGACAUGCAAACCUCACAGUAUAAUGCUUGAGUUCAUUCUGCACAGAUCCAUGUCCGAGAACUUUGUUACCUUGUUAUAUGAUAAGGAUCCCCCACCUGGGAGUAAAAUUCGUUGGAUUUCUCUGCAGCAUAAAACUGAUGCAAGAUCCAAAAUGGAUCCAAAGGAUCUAAGUCUUGUCCGUUCUCUGACAAUCUUUGGUGAAGCGCACAAUUCAAUGUUGGACUUUUCCAAGUACAAACUGAUUAGAGUUUUGGAUUUAGAAGAGUGCGAUGAACACUUGGGAGACAAGCAUCUCAAGGAGAUAUGCAGCAACAUGUCGCUGCUCAGGUACCUAAGCCUCAGAGGUGCUACUAGAGUUACAGUUAUUCCAAAACAGAUCAAGAAGCUUCAACUUUUGGAAACACUGGAUUUAAGAGGAACCAGUAUAGAGAUUCUGACCAUAGAAGUCAUGGAAUUGCCAUAUUUAAUUCAUCUGUUUGGAAAGUUCAAGCUCCAACAAGAUGUAGGAAGCCGGAGAAUGAGUAAGCUACAGACUUGGCUGUCAGAGAGAAGUAAAUUGGAAACUUUAGCCGGAUUUGUUGUGGACAACAAUAGCCAAGGAUUCACACAGAUCAUGGAGCAUAUGAAGCACUUGACCAAGGUGAAAAUAUGGUGCGAGUUCACCGCACAUGACAGCAGCAACUCAAGACACCUCUCAAAGUCAAUCAAGGGGUUCAUCCAGAGCGGCACCGAUCUGAACAAAGCUCAUUCACUCUCACUGAACACCAAUGAUGAAUGGUGUCCAGACUUGUUGGAUUUCUCCUUGGAGAAGGAUUACUCCUACUACCUUAGCUCACUCAAGCUACAAGGGAACACCAUAUGUAGUCAGCUGCCUCUGUUUGUUACCAUGCUGGGUGGUCUCACUAAGCUGUGCCUGUCAUUCCUUGGUGAUCAUAAGCUGAGUGGUAACAUUCUUGAUGCCCUGAGCAGAGUGCGCGGCCUGGAGUACCUGAAGCUGAUUGCAACUCAACUGGACAAGCUCGGCAUCAGGCAAGGCCAUGCACUCAGAAGCCUGCGACACCUAUGUGUCGUGGCAGAAGUCGCAACCGAGCUGGAAAUACAAGAGGGAGCUCUGCCUCGCCUCGAGUUCCUCCGGCUGCUAUGUAAGGAUAUAAAUGGCUUUAGCCGCACAAUCCAGUCCCUGCCACGUCUUAAAGAGGUCGCCCUACCUGAUGCAGUGAGUGAUGAAACAAAACAGGAGUGGAAAGGAGCAAAAAAGAACCACCCCAGACGUCCCAAGCUCUUGUUUGUUGAGACUAAGCCGAUGGGAAGUGAGUCUGCUGCGGAAAUUAUCCCUGCAGAAACAACUACUGAUACAACAGUCGAAGAGGUUGAUGUGGAGAGGGAACCUGCAGCAGCAGCUACUGAUACGACGUUAUCAGUGACAACGCUGCCCAAUGUGACCACUAAAGAGACUGGUGUUACUUCUGGGAUGGUUGAUGAUCAGGAACUAAUGAAAAGCGAGCCUGCUGCAGAAGCUAGCCCUGCAGCAAUAGCUACUGAUACGACGGCCGACGAGGUUGAUGUCAAAAGUGCACCUGCGGAGAAUUUUGAGAGCCCUGUGCCAUCACCUACUGAUGCCAUUUCUACUGUACAAGUUGAUGGUGGUCAACAUGAUGAUGAACAAGGAAAAUAUUUUGCUAACACCAAGGAUGUAAAAUAUUUUGCUAAGAAACAUGGUCUGAGCGUUCAGGUGACAGAUCGGAUGAACAAGGGAAGUUCUAAAGAGGAGAUGGAAGGAAUGGCGGGUUUAGAGGAACCAAGGCCUACGAAACAAACAGCGUCUGCGGACGAGGUUGUCAUCGCUGGUGGCAAUUGGUGUCUUUCGCCAAAGAAGUCGACAGGGGAUGUUGGUGCCUUGACUAGGUUAAUCUUGCUCAGGACAGGGCUGGAGUAUGCUUUGAGUAUCAGCUCUCUUGUUGAGCCUUUGGACAUUGUGUUAUUAAUUUCGGAUGCGCUAAUGGUGGAUUCUCAGGUGCUGGGUGUGCCAGACAAGUACGGAUAUGAGGAGUCGUCUCCUGAAGUUGAUGAAGUGGUUCUCAUAAGUUUGUCCUGAAUGCACAUGAAUUCCUAUUUGGUGGAUUUCUGCUGUCCUGUGACAGAGUCCACCAUGUAUGUUAUCGGACAUAUAUCUCGUCCAAAUGCAUAAAUAGAAAGCCCAUAAGGAACAAAAGAACCUGAACCUAAGUUCAUUUCGGACCUGAACCUGAACCUAGGUUCAUUUGGUGGCUUUCUGAUAAGUUCAUUUGGAACGAGUAACUACCACAGAUCACAUGUAUGUCCCGUUUGAUUGUACAUGAAAACUGUCAUAAGUUACAUGCUUAUCAUCCUUAUUUUUGUUGUGCUGAUUGUGUAGCGAGCCAUUGGUUUCCACGAGUGUGAUCAAGAAAUCACCCCUUUUCAGAAAAAUAUAUAACUUGAUGAUGUACUCCCUCCGUUCCGAAAUA